UUUACUGAUACUGUGCAUUACUUGAAAGAACCAAUAUCAUCGUUUGUAGCAGCAAACCAACACGAGCGUGUCCCGAGGUUUUAUAACAGCAUCAGUGUUUUGCAAUGGGACAAUUUAGAGGUAAAGUAUAUUCCCAGACAGGUUAGCGCGGGAGCGACACCGAAAUCCCAUCCAUAAAAUAAAUCCCCACGUCGAAAGCCGCAGCUGUGUAAAGCCGGCGCGCUCUCUGUCGCGUACUUCGCCCUAUCAUCAUCCUCAGCCUUAUAACCAUCCGCAACGUGGUGGACGGUUUGUAUUCUUCUACCACCACACCUAAGACGAUUCCUACUCAAAACGUCCUGAAAACCAAGAGCCAUUGCCCAUCAUGGCACCCACCAAGUCUCAGGCCAAGCCCGAGGCUGCCACCGCUGCCAACGACUUUCAGUCUUUCGUUACAAACGCUCGCGAGCGCAAGCGAAAUGAAGACCUCGCGACAAAGAUCUUCUCCAGCAAGGCCCGUCGCCAGAGUGCUCCUUCAACUCUCAAGUCCCAGAAGACCCCCGGUGGCUCUCUAGCCAGCCGUGUGGGCGUCAAGAAGCAGCCCCGUGCAUCACUGGGCUCUCGAGCAGCCCCGACGCCCGCCGGCAACGUCAACGGCGAAUGGACCCACGAUCUACACAACACCGUCAACAACGCCCGCUCACUCAAGUCCCGCAUCACAAAUGGCAGCGCCAACUCCAAGGCACCACCCACAGGUCCGCGCGGCAACAAGGCGGCACGACGCGCAUCCGCCCUCGACCGCAUGGAUCUCGACUCGCCCACCGUCCAGUCGCAAGCCAACAUCAGAACCGCCCCUCAGGGCAUAUCGAUCCGCGGCCUCGCGGGGCCCUUUGCCGUGAUGGGUCAGAACUUUGCCCCGGGCACCACGGCAGCGGACGUCGAGAGCGCCAUGACACCGAUCGGCGGGCCGAUGGAGCAGUGCAGAGUCAUCAAGACACAGCCGUUCAUGGUGGUGGAGAUGGUAUUCGCUUCGCGGGAAGGAGGCGAGAGGGUCAUUGCGACCUUCAACGAUAAGAUGGCCGAUGGUCGGAAACUCAAAAUGUACCCCAAGACCGGCGGCGGGAAAGCCAGCACGACGGCGGCACUCGCAUCAAGAGCCGAGGAGCAGGUCGUCGAUGGCUCCCACGGCUUCCCCGACCCUAAACAGACUCAGAGGCUGUACAGCGAUAACAUUGUCAGCCACUCAGCUGGGAGGGGUCGUGGACGUGGGCAGCGCGGUCGAGGGGGAAGAUAGAUACUUGAUCUGAGCGCUCGCACGCGAAGAGAUAUUUGGGCUAAAGGGGCGACAUACAGGUGCAUACUUAGGAGUAGGUAGGUUAAGGUAUUCCGGUACCAGGCGUUCGGGGUUCGGCACAUGCAGUCAAUAAUCCAAACAAACCUAGGGUCAACUUUUUAUUCACAUGA